CCCCGGGUUGCGCCGGCCGCGGUGGAGGCAGGGCCUUCCGCCCAGGAAGCGGGUUUCGGAGGGAAUACCGUGAGUUUGUGUUGUCUCAGAGUUUUCUGCUAAAAUUCAAGAGACCGUUUAUCACCUUGGUGUCAUUGACAGCCACCUUACAUGGGAUAGGACUUGGUCUCCCCACACGUCUGAACCGAUGAAGAGAAGAUGGGAAGCAAAACUGAAGCAAAUUGAAGAGCGAGCAUCCCGUUACGAAAGGAAACCCUUGUCCUCAGUGUACAGGCCCAGGCUGUCAAAGCCAGAAGAGCCACCCUCUAUUUGGAAACUGUUUCCUCGCCAAACGCAAGCUUUUAAUUUUGUUAAAAGCUGCAAAGAGGAUGUUCAUGUAUUUGCUUUGGAAUGCGAAGUGGGCGAUGGACAACGUAUUUACCUUGUAACAAGCUAUGUUCAACUUUGGUUUCAUUAUAAAUCCCGAAGACAUCUCUUACACUGCUAUGAAGUCAUUCCUGAAAAUGCUGUUUGCAAGCUCUAUUUUGAUCUGGAAUUUAACAAACUUGCCAAUCCUGGAGCUGAUGGAAAAAAGAUGGUUGCAUUACUCAUUGAGCAUGUUUGUAAAGCACUUCAAGAGUUAUACAGAGUUAACUGUUCAGCUGAAGAUGUUUUCAACUUAGAUUCUAGCACUGACGAGAAAUUUAGCCGCCAUUUAAUAUUUCAACUCCAUGAUGUGGCGUUUAAAGAUAACAUUCAUGUCGGUAAUUUUGUGAGAAAGAUUUUGCAGCCUGCUUUUCAUUUGAUUGCCAGUGGAGAUGAUGAAGAUGAUGGUGGGAUUCCAGAGACAACCGGCCAAGCAUUUUCCCAUUUUUCUGAACCACCAAUUAAACAAGGAAUUUCCUGCAGUGAAAUGUCCACAGAUAAGGAGAUCGGAGAGAGCUGGACAUUGAAUUCAAAGGCACCAGAGAGGCUGGGGUCCGCGGAGCGGAGCAGCCCGGACCUCUCCUUCUUAGUUGUGAAGGAUCCUGCAGGGAAAAGGCGUCUCUUUGUGGAUCUAGGAGUUUAUACAAGAAAUAGGAACUUCCGGCUGUAUAAGUCAUCCAAAAGAGGAAAGCCUGUGGUGCUGGAGGUGGCUGCAGAUAACAGGUGUUCUCUUCCACAGGCAGAGAGCAUCUCUGAGGAGGAGCAGCGUUUCCUCUCUUCUCUGGUCAGCAAUGUCAGAUUUUCAGAUACUUUACGAGUACUUAGAUGUGAUGCAUCCGAGAAUAAACAAAAACAGGCUGGGCAUUUUAAUAGUACCAGCACUUCAGUAGAAAACAUUGAAGGUUUUCAGGGCUCACCCUACCCCGAAAUUGAUCAGUUUGUUCUUUCUUUGGUGAAUAAAAAUGGCAUUAAAGGAGGGAUUCGGCGUUGGAACUACUUUUUUCCAGAAGAAUUAUUGGUUUAUGACAUUUGUAAAUAUCGCUGGUGUGGAAACAUUGGAAGAGCCCACAAGAGUAAUAAUAUCAUGAUUUUGGUUGAUCUGAAAAAUGAGGUUUGGUAUCAGAAAUGUCAUGACCCCAUAUGUAAAGCGGAAAACUUCAAAUCUGACCGUUUUCCUUUACCUGCUGAAAUAUGCCUCCUGUUUCUGCUCAAAGAGGAAGAAGAGUUUACAACACACGAAACCAUGAACGAUGGGACCCAGGACCCGCAUGUGCCAUCAUCUAGUGCAUCGUCAGGAGGUGUGUGCUCUGACCCUGACUGGGACAGUGGCCUUGAUGAUACUUAUUUCCUGGAAGCGACUGAAGAUGCUGAAUUAGCAGAAGCUGCAGAGAACAGUCUUCCCAGUUAUAAUGGUGGAGUGGAUGAAAUUCCUGACGAAGUAAUUGUGGAAGUAUUACAGAACAGCUAAUUAACUAUGGACACUUAUAACCAGGUUGUAAUUUGCCUGAAGACAGAUUAAAUUACA